AUGUACAAGCUAAAUCUGCCACAAGAUCCCAAAGAGGCGGCAGCCAUUGAAGCUAGAAGAAAACGAGAAAAGGAGCGACAGACCCGAUUCCUCAAUGUGCGAAAUCGAGUCAUAGGGGUGGACAUUAAUGCCCUGAAUAAACAGGUGGAGGAGAAAAAGCUUCAGAAGAAAAAGGAGCAAAGCAAGGAGGCAGCUUUUGAUAUGCUCCAUGAUCAGGUGCGCCUAGCCAUGGACAUACAGGACACCCACAUGGCCAGGCUGGAAGAGUCCUGUCACAGAGCCAAGAUGGCUACCUUGGCCAAUGCCAACAAAGCCCAGGCAGCUGAGGUAGCUGAGAGGCAGCACCAUGAGCAUAAGCUCCAACAGAUUGCCAACCUCUGGGAUAUCCAAAAUCAUGUCACCAGUGAUCUUCUAACCGAGAACACACAGGUUGCCCGGCAUCCUACAGAUCCCAAUCGGGUCCUGACUUAUUGCUGGAAGGGCAUGACUCCAGAGCAGCUUGCUGUCAUCAGGAAAGUCCAGGAAAGACAACGCCAUGAAAAGGAGAUGCAGCGCCAUGUUGACCAUGCAAGGGAGAGAGAUUGGGAUAGGCAGGCUGUAUGUUUGGCUCAGGCAGCACUGAAGCUAGAAGAGCAGGAGAAGGAGCUACGUGAUGAAUUUCAGAGAGGCAUAGGCUCCUUCAACCAGCAUUUGGCUAAGGAACAAAAAGUCCAGUGAGUCUUAGGGCGUUGGUGG